GACACACGCACACAUACAUUAAAGGAAUUAACGGAUAGUUGGAUAAUCAUGGCCCGGCUUGUGGAGUGUGUACCAAAUUUCUCCAAUGGGCAGAAUAAGGAGGUUAUUGAUGCUAUCGCUGAUGCUAUUUCAAGGACUGAUGGCUGUUCUCUGUUGGAUGUGGAUCCUGGUCCCUCCACUAACCGGACAGUUUAUACGUUUGUCGGUUCUCCUGAGGCUGUGGUGGAGGGAGCAUUGAAUGCUGCACAAGUGGCCUUUGACCUCAUCGACAUGACAAUGCACAGAGGUGAACAUCCCAGAUUAGGUGCUCUGGACGUUUGUCCCUUUAUUCCAGUCCGGAAUGUUGAUAUGGACGAAUGUGUUUGGUGUGCAAGUGAGUUCGGCAAACGGCUUGCAGAAAAACUGGAAGUGCCCGUGUAUUUAUACGCAGAAGCAGCUCAUGAUGAACGUCGGAGAACAUUGCCCACCAUUCGUGCUGGUGAAUAUGAAGGGCUCCCUGAGAAGCUGCAAAAUCCAGAGUGGAGCCCAGACUUUGGGAGGGCGACUUUUGUCCCACGCUGGGGGGCCACAGUGGCUGGAGCCCGGAAUUUCCUCAUCGCAUUCAAUGUCAAUCUGCUGAGCACGAAGGAGCAAGCUCACCGCAUAGCUCUCAAUAUCCGAGAGCAAGGUCGAGGUAGGGACCAGCCUGGACGUCUGAAUAAAGUGCAAGCUAUUGGCUGGUACUUAGAGGAAGCCAAUAUUGCCCAGGUCUCCACUAAUCUUCUUGAUUUCGAAGUGACUGCACUGCACACAGUAUUCGAAGAAGUCUGUAAGGAUGCCAAGGAUUUAGACUUGCCUGUCGUUGGCUCUCAAAUUGUUGGUCUCAUCCCUUUGAAAUCCCUGAUGGAUGCUGCAGAGUUUUAUAUGAAGAAAGAAAACUUAUUUAUCCUCGAGGAAGAGCACAAAGUUCGACUGGUUAUCAGUCGUCUGGGCCUCGAUUCUCUUGCUCCAUUCAAUGCUAAAGAAAGAAUAAUUGAAUACAUGGUGCAGGAGGAGCAGGAGAGUCUCCUUGUUUCUUUGCCUUUGCGGGAGUUUAUCCGAAGUGUUGGAGCUCGGUCUGCAGCCCCUGGUGGAGGCUCUGUCACUGCAGCUGUGGCUGCCAUGGGUGCGGCCCUGGGCUCAAUGGUUGGAUUAAUGACCUAUGGCAAGCGACAAUUUGAUCAUCUGGAUGGUUCAAUGAGGAGACUGAUCACUCCACUCCAUCAUACAAUGAAUGAGCUCAUCGCCAUGGUGGAUGAUGACUCCAAUGCAUUUAACAGCUAUAUGGCUGCCCUCAAGAUGCCCAAAUCAUCUUCAGCAGAAAGGGAAAGGCGAGAAGCUGCAAUGCAGGAUGGCUUGAAGAAAGCAAUCAAUGUCCCCCUGACCUUAGCAGAGAAGGUGAACAGCCUCUGGCCUGUCCUAAAGGAGAUGGCAACAUAUGGAAACCUGGCCUGCAAAUCAGACUUGCAGGUUGCUGCUAAAGCCUUGGAACUGGGAGUAUUUGGAGCCCAUUACAAUAUCAUCAUUAACCUCAAGGAUAUGAAAGAGCAGGAUUUCAGCACCAAGGCCAGAGCAAGGGCUCUUGACCUCCUGGAGGAGGCUAGACGAAACACAGUGCAGGUCUUAGAGCUGAUGGACAAACGGAAGGAGUGAGAAAUAAGCUACAGCACGCAGGAGCAUGUCUAAGAACCAUCCACUAGCAGUCCCUAAGAACACUCUUAUCCAGAGUGAGAAAGGAGAAUGGUUCCAGUGUAAAUCCUUAUGUUUAGCAGCAGGGUGAAUAAAAGACUAAUAUUGCUCA